AUCAAGGGGGUGGUGCUGAAGAACCUGAUCCGAAAGCCCAAGAAGCCGAACUCGGCGAACCGGCGAUGCGUGCGGGUGCGGCUCAGCACCGGCCGUGAGGUGAUCGCCUUCGUGCCCGGCGAGGGACACAACCUGCAGGAGCACCACAUCGUGCUGGUGCAGGGCGGGCGCACCCAGGACCUGCCCGGCGUCAAACUCACCGUGGUGCGCGGAAAGUACGACUGCGCCCACGUACAGGCCAAGAAAUGACGGGGGGACCUUGGCGUGGAGGUCCUGGGAAGGCGGCUGGCCCAGGAUGAGGGUCCCCAGGCGGGGAUGUGCCGGGCCUGGUGCUGUUUGGAAUAAAAGUUGGUGGUGA